CAGUCUCACUUUCUCACACACAUACUAAGGGUUAAACACACACUCUCUCUCUCACACACACACACCCCUAAACUUUCUAUUUAAUACUAUAACGGUAUAUACAUGGCAUUGUAUCCAACCACCACUUCCACAACUAUCAGGUUGAAGUAGGGAGGGGGUGGAUAUUUCUUUUCGAAUAAGGCAACCACUUCUGCUCAGCAUUCGUCUCUGGCUGGUCUUUCGUUCGAGUUCAAGACAUUCCUUCAAGAAGUGGUUUGUUAGCGUUUGCUGUUUUUCCUGUUGCAGUGUUUGUUCCUGUUAGCGUGUGUUUCGACGUCUGAUCAGUUAUGUCAGCUUGAAAAUGUCGAAGGAGUCAUUUGGUUUGGGCUAUCAUAGGUUAUCCAAAACAACAAAAUGGAGGAGAUGUCAUAAUUCUCAAAAACAGCCAACAUCUUGGCUGUCUGAUAGCAGCUCUGAUGAUAACUCAUCUCCUCAGGGAUUGGCAAAAUCUCCCUCCUCUAUUGUAAUCCCACAAAUAGACCCUGAAGAGCACCAUGCAAACCUUUUGAGUGAAGUUCAUCCUCUCCUACCUCAUUCUUCCCCCACUUCUAGUUCAUGUGAAAGUGAAGUGCCCAAUUAUGUUUCUGAUGAUACUAACAGCGGAGUUGAUAGUUCACCAACAGAAGAGGUUGACCCCCCUUCAACAUCUAGCAACUUUGCUAGCCAUAGUAUCGAUUCAUCGAACAGUAGUAUGAUUGAAUUCCUCCAGAAAUGGGCUGUUGACUAUAAUGUCACCCAUUCUUCCAUGGAUGCUCUUUUGAAGGGCUUAAAAUCUCAUGCAUGUUUUAUGGAUCUGCCGAGUUGUGGAAGGACAGUACUUAACACUCCCACCAAACUGGUGAAAUAUGAGCUUGACCCAGGCUAUUAUGUUCAUCUGGGGCUUGAAGAUCAAUUAAUAACACUGUUGACAAAUCUUGCUGAAAAUGUCAACAAAGUUGAAUUGCUAGUGAACGUAGAUGGCUUACCACCUUUUAAGAGUUUCCAGGGGGAGCUGUACCCAAUUCUUGUAUCAGUAUUGAAUAUUAAAAAAUUGAGAGGAAAGGUCAUCACAGUGGGCAUUUACUACGGUGCAGAGAAACCAAGAAGUAUUCAGCUGUUUUUGAUGCCCUUUGUCAAUGAAAUCAACAAACUGUUGAAUGAAGGAGUUGACAUUGAAAAUGCUCAUAUAGAAAUAUCAUUGGCUGGUUUCUGUUGUGAUGCUCCAGCUAAAAGUUACAUAAUGGGUGUAAUUGGACAUGGUGGCUUCUACUCAUGCACAAGAUGCACAUUAAAGGGUACAACAGUAGAGAAGAGGAGAGUCUUCUUAGAGUCAGAUUGCCCUAGGACUCACGAAGACUUCAAAAACAAAACUGACAAACACUACUGCAGUAAAGACACGCCUUUAUCAUUAAUUCCUAGCAUAAACUUUGUAAAUUCAUUUGUGCUUGAUUACAUGCAUUUGGUAUGCUUAGGAGUUGUAAGAACACUACUUGUUACAUGGACUUCAGGUACUAAAUCCUUGAAGUCAUCAAGGUUGUCAAGAAGCAACAGAUGCACACUGUCAGGGAAUCUUGACUUGCUGGCUUCUGCUUUCCGGUCAGAAUUUGCCAGAAAACUUCGAAAUUUGACAGUUCUUCUAAGAUGGAAAGCCACUGAAUUCAGGAUGUUCCUCAUUUAUGCUGGUCCUGUUGUUUUGAAAGGAGUGUUAAAUGAUGAGAGGUACACAAAUUUCUUGGAAUUACAUAUUGCCAUGACAAUCCUACUCAGUCCAAAUAUAUGUAAAGAUGAAGAGGCUCGUUAUAAUUCACGUAAAUUGUUAGUGCAUUUUGUGAAGAUGGUCGCAUAUUUGUAUGGUGUUCAACUGAUCACACACAAUUUCCAUGGUCUAUUCCAUCUGGUGGAUGAUGCUGACAACUUUGUGGGUAUUAUUGAAGGUUUCACCCUCAAUGAUAUAUCAGCGUUUCAAUUCGAGAACCACCUUCAAACUCUCAAAAAAUUUAUCAGGGGGAAAAAUAAGCCCCUGGAACAAACAUCAAAAAGAUUGGCAGAGAAAUUCGCAUUGCAAUGUGAAAAUGUAAGGGAAAAUAAUUGCAUCAACAACCUUUCCAUUUUUUGA